CUCAUUCGGGGGGGCUCUCGAGGCAAUCAUCUCUUCGCACUGGCAUGGUGUGGUGGCGUUGUUGAUAGACGUAUUACAUCGUACUUCUUGGUGUCCCCACCAUCGUCGCGAUAUAUAUACACAAGAGAAUAUAUAUAUAUCUGUAAAAAUUCACACAGCAUCUUUGAUCACCAGUGCGUGUGUGUAUAUCUCAUUGCCCAGUGAAAUUGCGUCACAAGUGUGAGCAUAUUCGUUUGUUUACAUCGAAGAGAAGGAAUAUAAAACUUUUUAAUAACGAUUGUAACAUUCUCAUAACCCGCCUAUGUUGGAAAAAAAUGUCAAGUAGUGAUAGCAAAAGCCAUUGACCCCCGAUUUCGCUCAUUAUUGAACAUCUGUUUUGUUGGUGUUUUCUGCCUAACCGGCGUGUUCCGUAUUGGAAUUGGAUAUUGACGCGUAAAUGCACGCGAGAAAAAAAACUCGAUGUUCUAGAAAAUAUUUUUCUUCGAAUAAUACUCCAAGCUCCAACAAAAGACUCAAAUCGCGACAAUUGAUUUUCGUUAAAGUAACAAAACAAUGAUAGAAAUAUGCUGAAGGAAGACAAAUGCUUUCUCGUUGCAUCCACGAUGCCAUUAUUGUGAAUUAUGACAUUUUUCGAGAAGCUUCGACCCAUCCCCGCGCUGUAAUAGAAUCGUGAAUAUAAUAAAACAGCAGAGGUGCAAGGUGGAGGGACACCUCGAUUGUUUCCUUUGUGCAAGUGCGCGAGAGUCCUUUUAUCAUUAACUUUGAUCAAGUGGUUCGUCUUUAAUGUUUAAUAAUGAUUUUCCAAUUAUCAUAAUAACAAUAGACGCGUAAUAUAUGCGCGUAUCGCACACGUGCUUUUGGAAUGUCCAAUAAAAAAAUAUCACCUAACGAUACAGAGUUUGGCUGCCACAUAAAAAUCGUCAUUACGGUCGAAAAAAUGCUUGACAAUAAUGACGUUCAACGGAAAACGCGAGUCUGAACAAAAGUAUUACGAAGAAACACGAAAAAGUAUACAAGAUUCAGAACUGAAGAAUCAACGGACAAGAAAUUUAGAUUAUGCCAAAGCUUACGUACAAUAUUGUCGGGGUUUGAUCAACGAUAAGGCUCGACUUGAGAACAAUCUGGAACCGCGGCAUGGUCUGACACCCGGCAAAUUGGAUUCUGCUCUUCGAAAUGGGCUUUCGGCAUUGGGUUACACGACUGUACAAUGGGCGCUUCCGACGGACUGCGUCCAUUGGGGUUAUCCUCAGGAGUCGUUGAUACUAUGUAACGACGCAUCGAGCGUGGACUGUAAUUUGUAUUGCGAAGAAAAGUCAAAAGAGUCCAAGGAUAACGAGAAUUUAUUGAGCGGAGUAACAGAAUUUUACAAGAAUCUUGAAACGGCUUGUCGUACCGCAACUUCCAAUUGGCAUUUGGAAAGAGCACGGGGAGAAGGAGAAGUAGCAGGAGGAAAGGCGCCGCACGGUGAUUAUCCACCGAGCGGUGGGAAUAUCGGUGCAAAUGUACCAAACGCAUCGUUGUUGGAUUUUUUACAUCGAGAUCGCGGUCAUCCAGGUUUAAUAUCACUGCCGAAUUCGAACGUGGAAGAGUUAACGAAACGAGGGUACAAAGCGGAAAAAGAAGUUUCGUCCGACGAAGGUACAGAUAGAAGCAGAGGUGGUACCAGAGGGAAACUGGAGGUAACGUCCAAAUCGAAGCUAGAAGUUGGGCCGGUAUCGAAAGGGGAAGGAUUGACGGGGGUUGGUGGUGGUCGGGUGAAAGGCGAGAGACGAGCGAGCCUCGCAGCACCGGGUGGAGUAAAAAAUUUGUGCUCGAAGCAUAUUCAAGAUUCGGUCGAAAAGAUGUCGGGACAAUACCCGGGUCAUAGUAGGCCACCGGUUGGUACACCACCGCCUCAAAACGUCUGGAAUCAUUUGACAAUGACCCAGGGACAGGGGAAAACCAAUGCCACCGGUCGAGGAAGCGUCGGCGGUGCCGGCGGUAGCGGUGGCGGUGUUGGUAGCGGAGGAGGAGGAGGAAGCGGCGGUGGUAGUGGUGGUGGCGCCGGAAGCGGAGUCCCGAGCAGCCAUGAUUCCGCUCAGCGCUCGUACGAACGCACGCAAUCCGAUCUUUCCUAUCUUCUUUCGGAGGUUUCGGGUUUGAAUAUGCACACAGGGGCUCUCUCAGGAGGUUCCCUAAAUCCACCUGGAUUCUACGCUCAUCCGUCGUUAGCGAGAGCAGCAGCUUCGCAUCUAACGUCGCAGCUAACCCCCCAAUUGGCCCAUACGCAAGCACCACCAACCUGGCACACGCCUACCGUACCCUCGAAGAGCGUUGCCCCACCAUCAAACGCACCAGGCAACCCACUGUACAGCCUCCAGAUGCUCGUUGACAAUCGACAGAAUCAAAAUCAAUACAGAAAUUCACCGGGUUCCCAGAACACGCUUGAUCUAUCGGCUACAUCCGAAAUGGCUGAAAAUUAUUCUCGCAUGACCCAAGAUAUACCGAUAAGUCUGACCGCUCGUAACGUCGACAAAGGAAGCCGUAACGGGAACAUAAUCUCACCUCCGAUACCUCUCAACGGUGAAACGUCCUCCGACAGCGGUAUCAGCUCCUCCGUACCGACUCCGAAUUCACUCGGCGAGCCCGUACCUUCUCUCUCGAGCAAAGAUCUUUCAACGCCUAAAAUAACGGUUAAAAAUUUUGAGAGCAAUCUCAAGGGUGUCGCUAAUUUACACGACAAAAUUAAAGAAAUGGGGGCCGUUGUUGAUAACUUUGCACAGAAAGUCAUAAAUUUACCCCCGAGUGUAACUAUCGAGAGGGUCGUUACCGGCGGUAGCGGUUGCACCACCGGUGCCGUUUCCCUCACAGCCGGUUCCAUCGAUAAAAAAGAGGCAGCGGAAGCCGCCCUCAAGAUUAAAGAUACCCUAAGCGUAAUUGCUCAAGUACCGAGGAACAUAUUGCCCGUUAUUGUUAAUCUAACCUCGAGAAUGGACAAAGAUUCUAUGGACGGGGAUGGACGGAUAAGGGAGUCUUCCACGGAGCGAGAACGCAAAAUGGAGGAUAACGUUGGAGUUGGCUCACCGAAAAAUCUCACGAUAGCUGGAGGAAGUGGUGGUGGUGGUGGUCCGGUGAUACCCGUAGUAACAGCAGCGGGUAAACGAUCGGGCAAAAAGGGAGUUGACUCGUUGCUAGAAAAACUCGAAGGUGGUAACAAAAAACUUGCAAAUACGGAAAAUAUAGGAUCGGUCAUAGUGACCCCGUUGGAAGAGAAGGAUAAUUCAAGCGUCAAAAGUAUGUCACCGGAGAGACAAAAGUCUAAAUCUCCAACGCGGGACGAAGACGUUGUUUCGCCUUCUUUUAGCAACGACGAUUCCAACGAUCAUACCAAACAACAGCGUAGAAAACGGAAGCUCGAGAAACCUGUGAGAGUGAGCAAGGAUUCGAAAACGGAAGUCGAAGAUAUGGAACUCGAACCGACCGAGCCGCGUGAACCACGAAUACGCGGAGGCACGUUUCUCCGCGAAGAGCCUGUUGUUGUACGUUCACCCGUCGUACCACCUAGCACAGCCGCUGCUGCUGUUGCUGUUGCUGCUGUUGCUGCUGUUCCUCCUCCUCCUCCUCCGCCUCCGCCUCCUCCUCCUCCUCCUCCUCCUCCUCAUAUAUCGAUUGUUCGUAAUCCCAAGGAAAAAAUCGAGCAACAGACGAAAGAUCAGCCAACAAAGAAGAACGAGGAAGACGAUGAGGACGAUGACGACGAGGAUGACGAGGAUGACGACGACAACGACAACGACAACGACAACGACAACGACGACGAUCACUUCGACGAGGGAGAACAAGAACGACGCCGCCCGAUCGUCGAUGUCCCAACCGUCGUCACGAAUAACGAGCGAGUUAAAUCGUCGUCGGUCUCGUCCCCGCAUGUCAUGCUGCUACUGCCACCUCCACCGCGAGAAGAAAAAGAAAAUAUUCCCGCUGAAAAUUCAGAUGAUUAUACAAGAACGGAAGAAAGCGAACCGAUCAAAAGGCGAAGAAGUAGCGAAGGACCCAGCCAAACGUGCCAACAACAAACACCUAUGAGCCAGCGAAAGAGAAGAAAAUCGAGCGACGACGCGAUUGAAUUUUCUAAACUUACCAGUCCAAGGAGUGGCGUCGUCGUCGUCGUUGGUGGUGGUGGUGGUGGUGGUGGCGGUGGUGGCGGUGGUGGCGGCAGUGGCAACAACAGCAUCGGCGGGGUUAAUACGACGAAUCCUUUCAACGAGGUCGAGUCGGAACUCGAGAAAAUGUUUGCCGGUAUCGUUGAGACUGACGACGAUAUUAGCGCAGACGCCAAAAACUCUGACACGAGAAAAGAAUCAACUACCAUUUGUGAAACUAAGAAUAAAAAAAAAAUGAAUAAAAGCACGGGUAUUGAAACGAAAAAGGAAGAAAAGGAAAAUGGUGGGGGAGAAGAGGAAGAGGAUGAGGCAGGAGAAGAUGAUGAAGAAGAGGACGAGGAAGAAGAGGUAGAAGAAGAAGAAGAAGAAGAGGAGGAGGAGGAGGAGGAGGAAGAGGAAGAGGAGGAGGAGGAGGAGGAGGAAGAGGAGGAGGAGGAAGGAGUAGAUGACGAGAACAUGAAAUGUAGGAACGUCGAGAUAACGGGGACAGCUAUAACGGACGUAACCUCGACAGUUCCGGCGACAAAACCGUCGAGUUUUGGUAAAAAGUGCAAAAAGCCUAAAGUUCGUGGUGGAAAGAGAAAAUUUUCGAAAUCUCGGGAUUCCGGUAAUGCGCCACCACCCGGUGGCAUUCAAGAUCUUAUCGCACCAAAGGACAAUAAUAAAAAAAAAAGGAAAGGUUCAAAAAUGGUGAAAACAAAAAUGGAGACACCAACGAAAAAGGCGAGAAACAAGAGUAGCAAAAUUGUCGAUGGUCCAAGAGAGGUCUCGUAUGAUUCGGGUUCAAACGCAAGCUCGAUUAGAUCAAGAGGUCCGGUCGUUCACUUUGAGGGACCCAGGGAUAGCCCGCUCAGCGUACAAGUCGUUAACGCGCCUAGAGAGGACGAGGAAGAAAAGAACAAAGAAAAACGAAAAAACGUGGGAAAUGGUAAUGCUGCACGGAGCAAAAGACUCAGUCAUCAGAACGAUCUCGAUUAUCGAGGUAAAGUAAGCAGAGCGGGCUUAUUCAGCUCGACGUUAUCGUCUCGGUACGACGCGCAUACGACCGAUUCGACAUGGGUAUGCGUUUUUUGUAAGCAAGGCCCGCACUCUGUUGUACCCGGUGAUCCAGCUCGGCCUCAUCCUAAUUUAGCCGGACCGCACAUAGCUCCGGGCACUUACACGGUUCCCGCUGGCGUAUUGAGCGAUCUUUUUGGCCCGUACCUCAUCGGGAAAGAACGUCUGGAGGAAGGUAUACUAUCGGCGGACGAGCAAGAAAUAACGACGGAACAGAAAAAGGGUAGCAAGAACAAACGUAGUUUGAGGUAUGCCGGACUUGCUGAUCAAUUUUCUGCUAAAAUGAGCAAGAAAAAGAGAAACUCGGUCGAAUGCCCUGUUCCUGGUACGCUCACAGGUAUGACCCUUUUACCUGGUGAUGAACAACGAUGGGAAGUCUGGCUCCACGAGCAAUGCGCACUGUGGGCAGCCGGGGUUUACAUGGCGGGAGGCCGAGUAACCGGACUUCAGGAAGCGGUUUGGGACUCGACCAAAUCGAUUUGUGGCUCUUGCGGUCUUGCCGGUGCAAACAUCGGCUGCGUAAAACGUGGCUGCAAAUCGGUAACGCAUUAUCCUUGCGCCCUUACGAGAGGUUGGCUCCUCGAUACGAGUCAGUACAUACCUAAAUGCAAUUUGCAUCGGGUUACGUGAGACAACGGUUUCGAAUCCGUGAAUGUUGAGAAAAUACGGUUAAAUACGAAUGGUGGCACGUUCCGUUGUAACCGAAACGAGGCAAAGUCUCGUAGCAAGUUACAACAUUUACGAAAAUACGAAUACAAACGGGAACAACGGAAUCCAGGUGGUCGAGGGGCGGUGUGGUGGUGGCGGCCCUUCGGAUAUACCAAGUUACGCCAAAAGAUUCAACAUUUUACGACAGCCGUCAACGGUGUAGCAUGAAGAAACAACACCGUGAUAUUCGUGGUAUCGACGAGCUUCGCUUUUUUUCAUUUCUAGACUCUAAGAUCGAAACCGAGAGAGAGAGAGAGAGAGAGAGAGAGAGAGAGAGAGAGAGUCGAGGAUUUUUUAUGUACCCUGAUAGAACACAGAAAAAUCCUCUUAUGGACUGCGUGGUGCGCGCGGUGAAGAAAAUAUGAUUACUACAACCAACCAACACGAUUUAAAUUUCAUUCAAAAGUCUCUGUUAUUGGUAUACGGAGAAAUGUAAAUUGAGUUUCAAAUGAAUUCGCGUUCAUCAUUCAAAACCCAACGGAAUAGAUGGAAAAUUGUAAAAAUAAAGACAUCAGAAAAAAGGAGAUGGAUCGGGUCAUUCUAUGGACGUAAUCUCCGUUAUCGCGAAUGAUCGAGUAGAAAAAAAGAAAAUUCGAAAGCAACAAUUAUCGUAUACCCAUCAAUUGAGAUGAAAAAUUGGAAAAUUAUUAGUUAGACUUUGUAGACAAGAACGUAAAAGAGAAAAAAAAAUGAAACUCGUUUAUGAGCUAUCCGUUGAUUGGAUUUAUUGACUUUCUCGGCCUGUGGCCUUGCGACGGUGGCCUUUUUCGAUUUGAUACCUGAAGUGAAGAUACAGGUUUUUUUUUCAGUCAAACAUUGCGCAUAUGCGUGAGUUAUUCGAAAGGAAGCCCGGAAAAUCCAUGAAAAAAAGAGUAUAGCUUGAAUAUAUAUACAAACAAAAAAUUAAAAACAAAAGACUAGCUAUUUAUUCCAUUUGUAUUCGGAGAAAAAAAAUUGUGGGAUGUAAAUUCAUAUGCGCGAGGGGGAAAAUAUUGGCAAAACUGCGGGGCAGCUUGACCGAUCAGUUCUUUUUUCCUCGUUUUUUCUUGGAUUAUUUAUCAAUAAAAACAACACGUUAAAAAAAAACCAAGAUACACUUGUACAGGCAGCGGACGCGCGUACGAAUACAGUUUGCGAAAUUUUGAGGGACCUGUAGUUUUUACGACUUUCAUUACCUAUAUAUGUAUCUUCGUUUUUUUUUAUAUCAAUCAAAUUAUUAUUAUUAUUAUUAAUAUCAUCAUCAUCAUCAUCAUAAAACAACCAUUAUGAUUAAUUCAUUGAAGGAUUCGUGACGGCUCAUGUUCGGUAUGAUUUUUGUCAUUAGAAUUCCUUUUUUUAGCUACUUUUUUUUUCGAUUUAUCGUUGAACAAUGAUGUUUCCACAGAGUAGAAAAGAAAACCAGUGAUCGAGAGAUGCUGGACAAGAAGAGGCACAUGUGUAACUUAUCGAUCGAAUCAAUCAUGACUCAUUAUUAUACUCAUUAUGGUAGUGAAAGAAGAAUAUGUCAUUGAACGACACUAUUGUUGUUAGUAUUAUUAUUAUUAUUAUUAUUAUUAUUAUCGUCAUCGUCAAUCAUCAUUAUUAUUAUAAUGGCCGUCGUCGUAUCUUCAUUAUUACAAUAAACAAUAUGUGUUGGUAAAAAUAUCAAAAUAAUUGAAAAAUCUUUUCUAAUCACGUGUAUAUGAAAUUUGGACGGAACGACUUCGGUUCAUCAUCCUCCUUUUUCUCUUUUGAUGUACAUGUUGUGGUAUAAAGAAGAGAACGAUAAAGAAGGAAAAGAAAAUUUAAAAAAUAAGUAGAACGGAACGAAGAAUAGCGGAAAAAAUUGAAAAGUUUUGUAUAAAAAUAAUAUAACAUAUAGAUGAUAAUGUAAAUAAGAUAUAAAUUACGGUAGAUAAAGGAUGAAAUACAAAUAUAUAUACAUUAUACUCGGUCAUAUCCAUUCUGGAAGCCCCUUUCCUUCUCUACCCUAUACCACCACCUGUUUGCCCCGAUGCGAUGUGUCGACAAAUUUGCAAAUAAAAUCUAGAAUUGAGCCAAAACUCGUGUCGAAAUAAAAAAGACGAGCCGCAGUUUUUAUUAAAUAUUAGCUUCUAUCAUAUGGAGAUAAGAAUAUAUAAUAUCAUUUUGUGCAUAUAAAAAUAACGUCGGGUCAGCACAGACGACAGGGCUUUCAUGUACUUGUCCUGCCCGUGAGACUCUAAAACGAGUCUCUUAUGAUAUGGAAACUUGUACAUAGCAAGGAAAGGAAGAAAAUCAUUGUAAAAAAAAAAUGGAGAUGAAAAACGCGUUGUGUAUAAAAAGAAGCAGCACUAUCUAGACUAUUUUUCGUUCGAGUGUACAAUUAUUAUAUCAUAUAUUAUAAUGGCAAAACAAUCGAGAUGCAAUCAUUUUUGGCGUUUUUUUUUUUUUUUUUUUUUUUUGUUGUUUUUCCCCACGAGAGAAAACGAUAAAUCUGUAUCGAGUAUAGUUGAUUGAAAUUCUCCUAGCUUGAAAAAGGUAGUAAACGAUCUAGGCGGAAAAGACCCAGCACCGAUUUCAGUGAGAAUUGUUCCAUCGUGUAUGAUCCCAAGCAACGGGACAAUAAAAUAAAUGAUGAACAAUUCAAAUUUGAUAAACUAUCAAAAUUACAAGAACGGAAUGGUCACAAAAUGAUGUAGCCAGAGCGACAUAUGGCGAGGUGACAAAGAAAAACUUGUAACGCUAUCAAGUGUAAAAAAACAAUCUUGAUUCAUUGUGAAACGGAGCGUGGUGGAAAUCUAACGAGAGAGAGGAAGAAAAGAUGAACUUUUUGUGCUCAUGUAAGCGUUGACGCGUGUAUGUACAAUAAUUCCCGCCGCGCACCGCGACGAACGUUGAAUGUCAACUCUUUCCCUUUAUUGAUUCUAUUAAUAAAAAAAACUCGCGAAAAACAAUGUAAUUUCCACAGACUUUUUUGUUUCUUUUGCUCUAGUGAAGAAGUGACAAGCGAGAGCGAAAGAGAAUGAGAAGGAAAGUUGAGCUGCUGCUGCUAGGGAGGCAAAAAAAAAUCGUCUUGUAUUAUAUAUACGAUAUAGAAAGGAUUGCUGGAUAAAUUGCAAAAUAAAUUAAUGAAAGGAAAAACAGUGUAAUUCUGUAAAUUGCCAAUUUAUAACAAUAUAGUCAUCCGAAGAACUAGUAUAUAAUAAAACAAAAAAUAAGAGAGAGCGCGCGCCCAAGUGAUUUGUAUAAAAAAAAUAGAGAUAUGAAAAUAGUUGUAAUAAUAUCAAUGAUAAUAAUACUAAUAUUCAUUAUAAUCAUAAUAAUUAUAGUAAUAUAAUACGAAUAAUUAGUAUAAUAUAAAAAUAUGGCAUAGAAAUGUGCAAAAUAUAUAUCUAUAUGAAGAAUGUUAUUGUAACGGAUAGGUGACGACGACGACGACGACGACGACGACGAUGCCAACAUCAAUGGAGUGAUAAAAUGAAAAAAAUGGCAAGAAACAAGAGUAAAAAUGAAAACUCGCGAUCAGUGCGAUCGAGAGGAAAAGUCGAUAAGUAUUUAAAAUUUAUACACGACAAAUUUCAAUCUUGCAUAUAUACUUUGCCGCGCCGUAUAAUUAUUCGUUUCCGUUGACGUAGCUGCAAUUAUAAAAUUUUCAAACUUGUAUCGCUCACUUUUACUUUUUAUCGUUCUCGCAAGGUUCCCGCGGGCCCGCCAUUCGUUCGGUACAACAUUUCGGAUCGUGAAUUCUUUAUUAAUAAUGUGUAUUAUUUUACAUGAUACGCGAAUGAAAUUGAGAAAAAAAAAAAGAAAACAAACUGAAGCCACUACGAAAAGACCAUGAAUUAGGAUUAAAUACAUUUUUUGUGACCUGGUUAUACAUGCAUCAAUAAGACCGAUCGUUAUAAGAAACUACUAUAUGUCGGUUUGCAUGGUUGCGCGCGUUUAUCGAAUAUAACCGCGCGAUAAUGGAGAAUAUCACUGCAGCAGAAUUGUAAUUUGAAAUCGAUACAAUAAUACGAUAAGCAUACAUCUUUGUGUAUUAAAAAUAGUACAAUGAAUUAAUAAAAAUCCGAUAUACAUCGUAA